GCCUGUGCUCGUGGCUCGUGGAAAGCACAAGUUCCAUCUCUUCUAUAAAAUUGUAAUCAAAUCCAAAUCUCCAACGAUUCCCAAAAUAAACCCUAGAUUUGUGGCAAUCUUUGCUCUGUUCUUGCAGUCAAUAAUGGAUCAAUGGGAAACCAACGAUUUCUCUCAACCCCUUGAUUCCAAUCAUGUCCCUACAACCACCUCUGUUCACUGCACUCUUCUUCAUCCACUCCCCAACUCGCUUCCCGAGCCAAGACAAAUGCCUGAGGUGGAAGUAAAAGAUCCAAUUGCUGCAAGAAAAGUUCAGAAGGCAGACCGUGAAAAAUUGAGGAGGGAUAGGCUAAAUGAGCAUUUUCUUGAUCUAGGAAAUGCACUAGACCCUGAUAGACCCAAGAAUGACAAGGCAACCAUCCUCACUGAUACAAUCCAAGUGCUGAAGGAUUUAACAGCCGAAGUUAACAGACUAAAAGCCGAGUGUGCAGCACUUUCAGAAGAAUCUCGUGAGCUGACACAGGAGAAGAACGAGCUCAGAGGAGAGAAGGCGUCUCUGAAAUCUGACAUUGACAAUCUUAAUUUACAAUAUCAGCAAAGACUUGCAGCUAUGUUUCCAUGGACUACUAUUGAUCCUUCAGUUGUCAUGGCUUCACCUUUUUCAUAUCCAGUUCCUCUUACAGUCCCCCCCGGCCCGAUUCCAAUGCACCACCCAGCUAUGCAGCCAUUCCCUUUCUUUGGAAAUCAGAAUCCCGGUGCCAUUCCUAAUUCAUGUUCGACUUUUAUCCCGUAUCCGAGCCUGGCUAAUCACCACAUCGAUCAGCCAUCUUACCAAUGUGCAUCCACUUCCCGCAUUUCAAGCAAACAAGAUUCUAAAUGCAAGAUAUCGGAUCAUUGUCGGGGAAGCAACGAUGACAAAAGUGAUGAUUCCAAUGAUGUGGUGACUGAGCUGGAACUUAAGACACCAGGAUCUACAGUACAGCAGGAGCAGUCACCGGGAGAGAGAAAGAGCAAGAAACCGCUACGGAAGGGGAAAAGUAUUGUAGAUGGAAGUUCUUCGAGCGGGUAUUCGUCCUCACAAGGUUUCCAAGAUAGCUCCUCCAACAACACACAAUAAACUAACGUCUAGUAACUCAGAUGCUUCUGUUUGCCUAUGCCAUUUGACUACGACAACCCCCUAACAAUGCAACCUUCCACUACGACGCUACUAGCUUCACUAUUCCAAGUCCUAACUGAAAUCGUCAUUGCUAUUGUUAUUUCUGGAUGCCAGGAUGAUCGGAUGCUGAUUAUAAUGAAAUGGUUUUCGGUGGAGUUAAUCUUUAUAUGUUAAUUAAAUUUUUUAACUUUAUACGAGGUGCAAAACAUCCCUCAACUUGUUUAAACAACCUGUAAAUUUUCUCCUUUAGUGUAGAUUUUAAUAGCACGUGUAAAUUGUUUCAAAUUUGGAAAAUCAAAGGUCGUGGAUGAGCCUUGACUGGGCUA